AUGUUUUUGUUCCAGCUGCUCAACUUUUUCUUUGCAGCUUCCAAAAAGGAGGAAGACUCGAAAUACGACCUGUCGCUUUACGAGCGAGGUGAUCUGUUAGAAGUCCCCCGGACGUUGUUCACACAUUUUGGCAUCUACCUGGGCAACAAUCGUGUGGCUCAUCUCAUUCCGGACAUCCUUCCUGUGAUUUCCAAGAAUAAAUCCGCGAUUGCCAAGAUGGUGACCAAUAACCGGCUGCUGCUGGGAGUUAUCACUAAGGUUGCCAGCGUCAGAGUGGACUCCGUGGCAGAUUUUGCGUAUGGAUCAGAGAUUCUGGUCAACCACAUGGAUAAAGUGUGCAGCCAGCCAGCUUUGGACGGGGACGAGGUGGCCAGAAGGGCUGAGAAGCUCCUUGGCUCUGUCACCUACAGCUUACUGUGGUACAACUGCGAACACUACGUCAUGUACUGCAGAUAUGGCAUGGCCAUCAGCUACCAGACGUACCAGUUCUGCACAACAGUCCGGAAGAUUGUUUGCAGCAGGAUGAGCUCCUAUCUGACGGCACUGUGUGGCGUCGGGAUCAUGCUGUAUCUGGGCUGUGUGACACCGCUGACGGUUUUACCGACUCUGCUCAUCUCAUUCACCAUCUGGAUGGCGGCCUAA